AUGAGGACUACAGCAGUACUGUGGGCGGCGAAGGCCCGCACAGCGACUCCCAUUCCACGGCGGAUGCAGUGGGAUCAGGUCAGAAAACUGUUGGGUCUCUCGGAUAAGCAAUGGCCCAUAUUCCUGCGCGUCUCCCUAGCAGUCUGCCAAGACCAUGCAGGCGCCAAACUGAGCGACAUCAGUCCGCCCCAAAAAGAAGAAAUGAUGGGCAGAAUAAGAUCUGCAAUUCACGAAGAAGGACUUCCACCACUCGACGAUGAAGCAAUCGAAUGGCGGAUAUCCAAAUGCCUACCCGAACUCCGAGUAAAGAAGCGAGAUAUAGAACACUGCCACAGCUGGGAGGCGACCACCGAGACAAGAUUCCCGCGCCAGCUUCUCCGUGAGGCGGUGCUCGCGCAUAUCGACAAGAUACCCACCAAGGACUUGUGUUACUGGACGCAAAUCCCCCAGGACGUGCGACAAGAUGUUGUGGAAGAAGCUAACCGUAGACUAGCUGAGAAGGGAAUGCCAGUCGUGGAUGAAGCAGCGCUUUUGUAUCGAUUACGAAAGUAUAUGAAUCAUUGGAUUAAGAGCGGAUUGGUGCGAGAUACGAAAGAAAGCAAACAACGUAAUAUCAAGACUGGGUAG